AUGUCAAUGUGACACGCAGGCUUGGAGUGAGGAGGCCUGUGCUAAUUUGGAUCUGAUUUAGUGGGGGUGAGACUGGCUGUGUGAACAGUCCCUCCCCUUGCUCGAUGCUCAGUUACUGGCCCACACUCGCUGGUUUAGACGGGAAGCUGUGGUUACAGAGCGAGCCGACACCAGCCAACCUUCCUCACACAGCUCAGAUCGAUCCCCUCGUGCCCGGCACACUAACCCCCGUCUCCUCUCCACAAGCGCCAGGUCCCGGACGGACUCUCUCUCGCUCUCUCAGGAUGAGGACCGCUUCCUUUCGCUAGGAGGGACCCUCAGGAUGCCGCGGUCGUUUCUGGUGAGGAGUCGUCGGUUGACCAGUCACCAGACCCAGCCGUUCGAUGAGGAUGACCAUGUGCUUAGUCUGGCAAACAUUCCAGUGCGUGGCCCAGUGGAGACUGGAUCUCGGGAACCAGCAGCUCUGGUAAUUAAACUGGAGGAGCCCCCGUUGAGCCUCAACCCCAUGGAGACCACCCCCUCGCUGUGUGGCCCGGAGCCAAGGUGCUGGCGAGCUGCUCAGACACAGGUGGGCCUGGGAGCGGCCAGGGACGGCCUCUCAGCUUCACCUGGAGCGGAGGAGGGAGUGUGCGGGAGGAGACCCACGUGCGAGGACCUCUGGACAACUCGCUCUCCGUCAGCUUCUGACAAAGUGUUUGUGCCUUCGGAAGCGGUCAUGGCCCUGGGUUUACGAUGCCGACCCUGCCCCUGGACUGGGAGCUCCACCGUCAGGCUCAAACACCUGGUUGAGGAUUAUCUGUCGCCGCUUCUGGAGGCCAAAGGCACCGUCCAGAAACAGAGCAGCACACAGAGCAGUGAAGGUAAAGGCUGCACAGUCGCCGUCACUCCGAGAGGCCCGUACGACAGCCUCAAAUGUGACAAGGGCUUUCCAAGUCCGCACAGGCCGGACGUGCAUGUCCGGAGACCACACAGUGGGACCCAGCACUUCUCCUGCGGGACGUGUGAAAAAGCCUUUGGUCACUCCGCCAGUGUAGAGCAACACAGGGCCACACAUACCCAAACCAAGGAGAAGAGUUUCAACUGCAAGAUCUGUGGGAAAAACUUCAAGCGAUCCUCUACAUUGUCCACACACUUGCUGAUCCACUCGGACACCCGGCCAUACCCCUGCCAGUACUGUGGCAAGUGCUUCCACCAGAAGUCAGACAUGAAGAAGCACACCUUCAUCCACACAGGUGAGAAGCCCCACAAGUGUCAGGUGUGUGGGAAAGCUUUCAGUCAGAGCUCCAACCUCAUCACCCACAGCAGGAAACACACCGGCUUCAAGCCUUUCAUCUGCUCCGCCUGCGAGAAGGGAUUCCAGCGGAAAGUCGACUUGCGGAGGCACCAGGAGACCCACAUCGAGUUCAACUCAGCUGGUGGACGGGUCAAAGCCUAGCGUAGGGUUCAGCCACUGCUGAGGAUCUCCAGCUGGGCCAAUAAACGUUGACCUCCUUUGGUGUCUCAGCCAUUGAACAACUCUCCAACUCGAUGAAUGAGUGACCAAUGACCAAUGUCCUAGCCCUCCAAUUCAGCCAAUCAGAAAUUCUACAUGAUGAUUUAUUUAACCAAUGAGAAAUAUUUCUCCUCUCUGAAACUGAACCAAAAAGACAUUGUUAUCUGAAGAACUGAAUGGAGGAGACAUUGGCAGUCUGAAGAACGGUCUUGACCCAAAACGUCACCCGUUCCUUCUCUCCUGAGAUGCUGUUUGUCUCGCUGAGUUUCUCCAGCAUUCUGUGUCUAUCUUUUUUGUUGCUACCCAGCCAGAAAUCAACGAGCUGUUCCAGAAUCUUUUGAAAUUGGUGCAGAGUCAUUGAGUGAUACAGUGUGGAACAUGCCCCAGCUACACUAGUUCCACCUGCCAGCGUUUGGUCCAUAUCCCUCUAAACCUGUCCUAUCCAUGUACCUGUCUAAAUGUUUCUUAAACAUUGCGAUAGUCCCUGCAAGGGUCCAGGGAGAGUCUGCCAACCCAUUUUGAACGGUUUACCUGCCAGGGGCAGGGAAAAUAGUUCUCCCCUCCAUUCUGCACUGGGUGGAAAACUGACAAAACAAGUACUACAACCAUGUAAAGCCUUUUUUUAAAAAUAUUUUCCAAAAAUGUUAAGAUGUAACAUUGUGCCUUAACCAGGAAACAUGUCAGCGGAAUUAGAACUGGUCACCACUUUCUCUUGAAUCUCAGGGAAAUGACGAGUCAUAGUUAUUGAGUGAUAGUGUGGAAGCAGGCCCUUCGGCCCAACUUGCCCACACCGGCCAACAUGUCCCAGCUACACUAGUCCCACCUGCCUGCAUUUGGUCCAUAUCCCUCCAAACCUGUCCUAUCCAUAUACCUGUCUAAAUGUUUCUUGAAUGUUGGGAUAGUCCCAGCCUCAACUACCUCCUCUGGCAGCUCGUUCCAUACACCCACCACCCUUUGUGUGAAAAGGUUACCCCUCAGAUUCCUAUUAAAUCUUUUCCCCUUCACCUUCAAAGUCAACAUGCUUACAUGCGGAAUCACCACUUAGUUUACAGCUCCAGUCAGAGCUCUGUGUAACCUCUGUCCUGAUGGUGCAGUGGGAAUUGAUGCAUUUCAGGUUUCUUCUGUUGUAAAUGCUUGUAUGAUAUAUUUUUGAUUAAUAAUAAAGAAAUCCACAAUUUACAAAGGUGGUUUUACAAUGUGG